GAGGACAAAACUUUUAUUUUUCUGUAGCAUUCGAAAGAAUUAUAAAGGAAGUUAUGUGUAUCGCUAUUUCAAAGUUUGUCCAGCAUUGUGAAAGCCACCUUUGCUUUCCGACCUUUUUUAUACCUGAUUCUUGGCGCUAGUAAUUUUCCGGUAUCAAGGUGCUCUGAACCACAGAAACGUUGGGUUUUAGUUUUCUUUUCUCUCGAUCGCCUCCACCGUCUAGCACUAUGGGUAACCGUGAUUCGUUACCUGCCAAUCAUAUUCACGGCGUUCCUAGCGACUGAAUAGCCGCUUUGGUCGCCAUUUUUGUUUUGGGCCCUCCUUGAAAAAUGGGCGGAGGCCAUUUUUCUUUGGGGUAGAUUCCUUGCGCUAUCCCGGCCCUUCACUCAGUGUUUCCCCGCCAUCUUAAGUCCUGGUUUUGGCUUCAAGCCGACGGUGAGGCCGCUCAGAUCGUCUUGUGUUUGGGCUGCGGCAGCGUUUUCCCCACGCACGGGGAGACCCUGGGAAAGGGGAAGUAAGGCCGAAGCUUGAAUCCCCAAAGCGUCUGAAGGUGGGCUUGAGAGCCUGCUCCCUGUUUAGUGUGAGUUUCCUCAGCCAAGUACUACUCCACCAGUGACCCUGGACAGUAACAAAACUAAUAAAAGCCCGAACCCAAACCCUGCCACCAUCAUAGCUUAUUUAAUUGGGAAAAAAGUCCAAUUAUUUGGUGUCCAUGCCUUCUAUGUACACGGAAACCAGGAGUUGACAGUGGUAAAAUGGGUGAUGGGCUGUGUGCCUGAAGUAAGACAAGAGAGCAGAGUGUGUGCUUUCCCCAGAUUCCCUGUUUCUGAAUGACUUCCUGAACUUGGUCCUCCAGCACUUCUGGUCUGUAAUUACUCUGGAAUCAGUAAGCCAUGGCGUCAAAGAAAUUUGCCGUUAAAUGUGGGAAUUUUGCUGUCCUGGUGGAUCUUCACAUACUGCCACAAGGUUCAAACAAAGAUACCAGCUGGUUUUCUGAACAGAAGAAAGAGGAAGUCUGUUUACUGUUAAAAGAAACCAUUGAUUCAAGAGUUAAGGAGUACUUGGAAGUUCGUAAACAGCACAGGCCAUCAAAUACAGAAUUCACAAGAUCCAGUCCCUUGACCUUAAAAGGUUAUGGCUUUCAAAUCACAGCCUAUUUCCUCAAGAGAGGGAUACGCCUUCACUGUUUCGGGGGUUCACAGAGGACUGAGCUCCGUGUAUUUCCUGACAGAUUUGUGGUCUGUGUAAGUCAGCUGUCAUUCAGUCGUGAUCUUUUGGCAAGUCGGAAUGAAGAAUUGACGGAAGGAGCUCUCCACGGAGCGUCUGAUUAUUUUGCUGAGUGUGCGGAGAGUUCACUUCCUCCCAGUGCAAGGCGCAAGAGAAAUGCUCUGAAAGAAAUUGCGAAAAGAACUGAAACAAGAAGCAGCGUUGUGAGCAAAUCAUGGAGCAGCAGGGACAUUGUGGGAACUUCUAGUGACCCAGUGAUGGCAGAGAUAACGAGGAGGAGGGGUGACAGUUGGGCUUCAACCAGUCCCCCAUCAGAGUCCACGGGACAAGCAAAAGAUUACAUAAAGGCAGCUGAGAGCCACUGGGGGCUUCCUGUUCAAAAGCUGGAAAAUGUUCAUCAGACCCAGCCAGAAGACACUAGCAGCCAGCAAAAACCUCAUUUCGGGGAGUGGUUAGAGACAGGGCUUCUAGGCAGGAGCCCUGUCUGUAGCUGUGAGUCAGCAUCACCAGGUCCAAAACAAAGUCCACAAGGGGCCAGAACACAACAGAAACGCAGGAACCGCGGCUCUGCAGCAGACGUUGACCACCACAAGAGAGUUUCUCUUGGAAGUGAUCGAUUAGUCCCAAGAGAAAUAAUAGUGGAAAAAAGCAAAGCUGUCAGGGUUUUGCCAGCCUCAGAGCUGUCAGAUCCGGGGUUACUUUUGAAACAAGGUUUGGCAAAAACGGCAUCUAAUGAAGAGUUGCAUGUUUUGGAAAAUCUCUCCUCCGGACAUCUUACAAAAAAUCAGCCAGGGCAGGCACAGCAAACCGGCUCAGCCACAAACAGUGAAAGAUUAUCUGCAAUCCGGGGCAGCCCAACCAAGAAAAGAAAGAAGUACGAAAGAGGCCACUAACUUACUAACGGGGAUUGCAAAUUUGUAGUUGGGUAUAUAAUGGCUGAAGGUGCGGAAAGAGAGGGGUGUGUGUAGCUGCCCUGAUGUUAAAGGAAUUAGAAUGAUUAUUUUGUAUAGAAAAUAGAGCUCCGUGUGAGGGUUAAUUUUUAACGCAUUCAUCUGCAAGAGGCUAUGUGCUUUUUCUAACAACAUUGCUACUUUCUCAUCAUACUUUUCUGU